AUGCUCAACUUUGAGUCCCCGCCACCUUCGCCGAGGAGGAACUCGCCCAUUAUGGAAAAGGUAUCGAACCUCAUAUUACGGAAAUCAGACUCCUUCUCCAGCAUCCUAUCCAAGAAGGAAGAGGCUUUCCUUCCGAUGGCCCUGAAGCCGAAGCCGAAGUUCAGACUCAAGGCUCUGCUGAGUCAUUGUUUGUACCGCAGGGUGGUGAUCUGGACCCUCGUUGCAAUUGUCUUACUCUCGGUCACAUUAUUCAACCCACGGAUAGCGCACAGUCAUCGGAAUGUCUUAGAUCUUGUGCCUCUUGGCAAGGGCGAAAUACCAGAGAGCAAAGCCGCGAAGCUCGACAGCGGGGCUUCACUCCGGGUGCAAGAUAGCAUGAGACACGAAGAAAGCCCGAAAGACAGCAAAGAUGGUGAGAAGCAGGACGAGGGAGACUCGAGCGACGCCAAAGGCAGCAAGAAGAAGCCAAAAAAGAAUGGCCCGCAUUGGCUGGACUACAAGCAUUUGGACGGCUACUACAACGGCCUUCGUUCGUUAGUUUCGUUCUCGGAGUACAAGCCUGAGUAUCCCGUCCCGCCCGAGGCCGCCCACGCUACUGCAGAUGUGUCAUCUGUGCACAACACAAAGUUGCCCACGCCAACUCCUUACAGCCCCCAACCCGAUUAUGAUUCCAGCGAGUACAAGGCCAAAUACCACAAGGUCAACAAAUGCUAUCUGGAUCCCGAAGAUAAGGUACCAGUCCCGGAUGUCUGGGCAUACAGCGGCGUUCCCCAAGGCCAAGCCAAGCCAGCCCUAGGAUCAUACGACCUCUUUGGCUUACGAGAGGAUGUCUGUUUCGACAGAUUUGGUCGCUAUGGCCCCUACGGCCUGGGCUAUUCGGUGCAGGCUGGCGGCACCGGGGAGGGUACCGACACGGAGAACGAGGGCAGCAGCGUAAUCUGGGAGAAGAACGGACAGAUCGACUGGGAUGGCAUGGACUGGGCAGAUGCGCAGGAACGAUGCGUCAAGGCGAACGAGCACCGCUUCAACACCGGCAACGAGACACGAGAUGCUGAAACUACUGCACAGUCGCAAUUCAUGAAGAUUGAUCGUACCGCUGUCGUCAUCCGGACCUAUGUCGGCUUCAAGUGGACUGCCCACGCAUUGCUAAACUUCCGCGCCAUGAUUUCGGAGCUCAACAUUCGAUCUGGCGGCGAGUACGAUGUGCACUUCCUGCUACACGUCCGCGACCCCGAAACGCCAAUCUGGGCUGACCCCUCGACUGCUCAACGCGUGCUUGACGCCAAUGUACCUAAGGAAUUCCACGGCAUUUGCACCCUGUGGUCUGAGCCCCAGAUGAAACUGUACUACCCUGGUAGCUUCGGCGAGACCUUCGAGAAUCCCAGCAAUGGCGAUAUCCACGGUGUCUACCGCAGUGCCCAUAUGCCGCUGCAGCACUUCGCCAACCUGCACCCUGAGUACGCCCAUUUCUGGAAUUGGGAGAUGGACAUGCGCUGGGUCGGGUCCUACUACGAAUUGUUUGACCGCCUUGGGAAGUGGGGAGCAAAGCAGAGCCGUCAAGGUAUGUGGGAACGUGCAAGCAAGUACUACAUCCCAGAACUACACGGCAACUGGGACAACUUCACCGAACUGGUGGACCACGAAACGCGUUCAGCAGGCCGCCGACCCAUCAUGGGCCCCGUUAUUUUCGCUGGGAAAACGAACCUUCAGCACGGCGAGGAGGGUUUCAUGCCCGCGAGCUGUGCGACCGGCUUGGAUCCGAACAUGUGCGGCGUUGGGGAAGAUGCUGAUCUCAUCACUUUGAACCCGCUCUUCGACACCAACGAAUCCGGUUGGGUUUUCGCCAGUGAUGCCACCGGUUACGACCAGCGAUUCCAACAGCCUCCCCGUCGGUGUGCCAUCGUGACAGCAUCGCGUCUCUCGCGACGUCUGCUCUCUGUGAUGCACGAGGAGACUUGGCGUCUGCACCAUAGCAUGUUCAGCGAGAUGUUCCCGCCAUCGAUGGCGCUUCAUCACGGUCUGAAAGCUGUGUAUGCCCCGCAUCCUGUAUACCUCGACCGUGCUUGGCCCGUCGAGGCGAUUGAGAAGAACUUCAACGGCGGCCGCGACCACACAUCCGGCGGCCAUGGCAGCCCAUUCGAUCUGACCAACGAGCACAACCACAAGGGUACCUCCUGGUACUACAACAGUGAAUUUGCCGGUCUCUUAUGGCGCCGAUGGCUAGGAUAUCCUCAGUAUGACGGUCGUGGCGACGGCGGCGGCCGGGCAGGUGAAGGCACACUCCGUGGAGGCAGAGUCGAAGAGGCCGACAAAGAUAACUCCGGCCGACUGUGUUUGCGCAGCAUGCUGGUACAUCCUAUCAAGUGGGAAAACCCGGCCGAGUGGGAUAACUAG